UGCAACUUGAAUGACGGGGCGGUCUGUGACUAAAGGCAUGGACUAACUUCUCAGACGCAGACACCGCUUGUAAAGGGAUCUAAAGUAAAUGGAAAUAGUCCUUUAAGAGAUUAAAUUAUGGAUGCGCCGGUAAAUGCAAGGAGAACUUUGUAUAUCACGUCAAAUAUGAGUAUUUCUACAGGACUUACUUUGGAGUGACUCCCAAAAGCCAGGGCGCACGCACAUUCGGAGGGAGAGAGGAGGCAGCGGGGAGAACUAUGAAGUUAAACCCUACAGAAGCUCCACUUUAUGGAGAGUGUGUGUUGACUGUGCAGCUGGAGGACAAUGACGCCUGUCCCAGCCCUGAGGAGGAAGAGGAGGAGGAGGAGCUGGUGGAGUUUUACCUUUUAUUCUCAGGUUCUUCACAGCGACACCUGACGAGCACCAUUAGAGCCAGCCCUGCCACACUACAGGCUGUGUGCCCAGGACACAAUAUAUGCGAGCAGGUGUUGGUGCUGUUGUGUGUGGCCCGGCCCAAUGGAGCAGUCAUCAACUGUUCUCAGGAGAACUUCACUUUUGUGCAGGAUCUGGCCCUGGACAGGGCUCACACGAUGCUCAACAGUAAAUUACAUCAGAAAGCACCACUGUGGAAUGAUCCAAAAGAAUGUAAGGAACUGGAUGGGAGCCUCGUCUUGGCUUUAAAACAUCUGACUCAGCUGCACAGACGGGGCCCGUGCUCCAGUCCGCUGCCACACAUGCAUUCACAGAGAGAAGAGCACAGAACACAAACGGACAAUCAUGAAAACAUGAGGCAGGAUCAGACUCACUGUACCAAUGAAGAGGACCGCACAGACACAGGGACAGAGGCGGCCACACUGUGCAACAGCCCAGGGCAGCAGCAGCUCUCAGGUCUGCUCCACUUGGCAGCAGCAGACACUCUGAACAGGACGAGCUCAUUCACCCCCCAGGCGCCCGGACACAGAGACAGGCAGAGGAGCAGCACAGACUGUGAAGACACGUCCCCGGACCACCUACAGAGGCUUCAGCCCUUCACACAUGCUGAUACAAAUGAGGAGUUGCACAUUGAUCCAGAUGGCCACGUUUUCCAGCACCACUCAGAGCUCGGUACCUUCUCCCUGACGUUACGAAGCCUCCACAAGUGGCAAAACAAACGGGAUUCAGACUUUUGUUUACAAGAUGAUGUGGCACAGCUGAGGCGAUGUAUAGAGCAAUACAAGGGCAAAAAGGGAAAUCACAUUGGUACGACUAUAUCACAAUUUAAAGAGGAAAUACUGGAUGAUGAUAGAACAAAACCACCUCAAGACAGUUGUGUCCACGGCAACAGCCACUUGGAGAGUACUUCUGCUAUUACGAUUGGAGCGAUUUGUCAAAGUCAGGAAACUGGGGCCACACAGGCAGCUCCUCGCACUGGUCGUAACAGAAGGAAUAAAAAGAGAACUACUAAAACUGCACGAACUAUGACAGAAAGUUCAGGAAGUCCCCUAGUGGCUGCUAAAGGAGCUGCAUCCAACACCAUAACGGCACCAGAACCACUAUCAUCCACUGAUCAAAUAAGGGAAACCGUAUUUUCAGACAGUUUUUCUAAAGAUGACUUUUCCCAUUUUCCGACAAGCCCAGAUAGCGAUGAACAGAACAGCAGCAGGAAGACUCUAGCCUCACCAGCCACGGCCAUUGUACCAAAACAGGAAGAACAGAAAUGGGAAGUUGAGCAAAUCAUAUUGGACCAAGUCACACAAAAUGAAGUGACCGAACAGGGACUCGUUGAAGCUGUAAAAACAAAAAAAUGUUUGGUAAUUUUGCAUCACAAAGAAGCUAUCGAAAGAGCAGGAAUCAUGGGCCAGGACCAAUCCCUGAUUAACGCUGAAAAACAUUCAGAAAAAACUGCUUCUCCUGAAGGUGAAGAGAGGGUCCCAGUACAAGAUGAAGGCACUGUCUCAGACAGACCAGCCUGCUUCCAGGGAGCCAACAGCGAGGAGGUGAUGAAAGAAGAACCAAAAUCCCUGUCCAUUUGGUAUGACUGUGAACAACUGGACAUGAGCAAAGAAACAGACUGGAGCUCUCCACAGCUGUCUACUGAACUGUGUGCUAGCCCCCGUCAGCUGUCUCCAACUCUUACUCAGCCACAUGCUACUGGACUGCAGCCAGAAGUGUCACAUGGGCUCGCCUCACAAAGACAGGAAGUCCUCGGAUCACAGCGAGACGAGGAAGCAGGGCCAGAUUGGGAGAAGUCGAGCAGGGAGGAGGUCAGCGCUCACAGCAAAAGGAGCUCGGAGAAUGACGAAGACGGACAUGGGGACAGGAGCGCAAAGCUUAGGAAAAAGAAGAGGAAAAAACGGGGCAAACGUGGAGGUCCGGAGCGCAAACAACUGAGCUCAACUUCUAGCAUCGAGUCUCAAAGCCAAACCGAGAUUCAGAUGCAACUGACUGACCAGAAUAUUCAAGAAAAAACAGGAAAAACUGACAUUCCAACUACUUCAGUUCCAGGGACAAAUACAAUGCAACUACCAAACCAGGCCGAAAUCCAGGACGGGGCUAGGGAUGGUACGCACUCCAUUAAUAUGGAAACUAAUUUAUCUGAACUUCCUGGGACAACGGAUUUUAACAUAUUGGGAGAGAUUUCAGAGGAUAAAACCACAAUAUUUCAUGAAUCUAACAAGCUAGUUUGGGGCGCUGCUCCUGCCCAGUUGGAGGAAAUGGACGUACCAGUGCUGGAAAAUGUUGAAACGCCAGAAUCACAAGUCGAAAAAAGGGAAUUAUUUGAUUAUAUUAAUAAUGAUAUUUUGGAUUGUAAUCACGGUAUCACGGUAUUACAUCAUCAACCGAGUGAGAGCGCUCCAACAGAACUUCUUGUCACUCAUCCAGAUCAGAAACAACUGAAUGAAAUGCUGCUGGACCCACUAGCUGAGAAGUAUUUACUGAUCCAUCCUUUGGGUAACAGUCCAGAAAGUAUUGAACCUGUGGGUGCUUUUGAUUCUCCUGUUGAUGGUACAGCGGAUGUCCCACCUCCUCAAACAGGGGAAGGAAGCGCUGAGAUAACCGCGGAGGGACCAUCGUGGCAUUGUUUGGCUUCAGAGAUUCCUGCACACAGGAGCCUUGAGGAGGAAAAUAAAAAUGAGUUGUGGAAAGAGGAAGAGGCUAAGAUAGGAAGCCUGCCGAGGCGUGAAGUGAUUGAGCUGUGCGCUAAUAAUGUAGCAGGAGUGGGGGAAGGCCCUUGUUCAGGCAGCGAGCUGGAGCUAGCAGCCACAGCAGUAGCAGUUGUAACUGUGGCAGUAGCAUCGGCAAUGGCUACGUUUGAACUUUGCCAACAGUUAGCAGAGAAUUGCACAAAGCCGCCUGGUAUUAAUCCAUUAGAACAAAAAACAGAUGAAACGCCUGGUCUGUUUAAUCUAGAGGGCCAUUCUGUCAACACUAGUCCAGUACAGGACAUUACAAAGGAGCAGACCCACUCUGAGUCACAAACAGAGGGGUCACAGAAUGAAUUUAACAUUGAUUUUGCACAAGAAUGUGGAAACAAACCAGAUGGCACUAACCAAGCAUUAACGAUGGACAUCACCAAUGAUUUACAAGCUGAGAAUUUAGGUUUGCAUCAAACUAUUGAAGCUACUACACAUACUGACAAGCAAAAAGACUCCAAUAAUCAGGAGCCAUUAGCCUUAAACAGCAGUGAACAGAACAAAGGUGAUUUGACAGUGGUGGAAGAGCCAGCUAAUAUAUUAUGUAACGAAUACAUUAAGAUCCCAUCAAGUGAAACAAGCGAGAUUACCAAUUUAGCUGUACCUGAAGAGGUUUCAGAUAAGACUUCAGAAGCUUGUAAUGAUCUAGAUACAGGUCAGAAAGGUCUACUUAUGCCAGAGGUGAAUAAAGCAGAAGAGAUUAUGAAGGAUGUAAAUGAUGGAGUGGAUGAAGGUUGUUCAGAAUCAGGAAAACCUAUAAGAAAAGAAAGCAGUGACUCAAGUUCAAGUCAGCCUGAAAUUGCCCCGCUCACAAUAGAAGAACAAUUGCUACCAUUGUCUUAUGCUUCACUAUCUUCCAUAAUAAUCACACAUGAAUCCGGCCAUUGCCCAGAAGAAAAUGUGUUUGUGGAGUCAGAAAUGAGAACAGAGGAAUCUCAAAAUGAUUUAUCUGACACAAAAGUGACUGUUGUCAUGGAGAUAAAGGAUGAUCCUGUGGAAAUUCUGGAUCAGGACAGAGAUGUUGUAGAUGGAUGGAGAGAAAGGGAGAGGGAGAAGAAAGACGACAGUGAGCAAUCAGAUCCUGGCACAUGUUCAGCAGAAUGUGAGGAGCCUGGGUCUACGAGGAGCGUCAAGGACUGUUUACAGGCACUUCAGAUCCAAAGAGAGUCAGAUGUUUUUGGUCCGGUUCAACACUGUGCAGACCCCAGCCCUCAGACUGCCAUCUCUCAAGACAACAAGAAGCCUUCGUUGGUGUGUUUACAAGAGGAGGAGGAUGUCAGUCCAGAGACCAACACUGAGGACAGUAUUUCUUAAAGAGGUACAAGAUUGAACGCUAGAACAACUUCAUUGCUCUAUCACCAACACACAUUUAGAU